GGAUGCGCGCCCGGGAGAGCCUGAGCCUGGACUUCUGCCGCCGCCACAUCCUCCUCCUCUUGCUGCUGCUGGCCGCCCAACUAGCCGGUGCGGACGGAGACGCCAGCGAGGAAGAUCCGGAGUCCCCCCCCUCGGAGACAGAUCCUCCUGGCCACGGGACCAGUCACUGGAGCUAUACAGACAAGGCAGAGUGGGCCUCUGAUUUUCCGUAUUGUGGGGGUCACAUGCAGUCCCCCAUCAACAUCAACACGACGGCCACCCUCUUUAGCCCCCAGCUAAAGCCUGUCCUGCUCUCUGACCACAACCUGCCUCCCGGAGAGAUGCUCUGCCUUCAGAACAAUGGACACACAGUUGUACUAGACUUGCCCAAGAAUAUGACACUCACUGGUGGGGGCUUCCCACAACCAUACCAGGCUGCCCAGCUGCACCUUCACUGGGGAUCAACCCAGGAACCUGGCUCCGAGCACACCAUCGAUGGGCACCAUUAUGCUGGGGAGAUUCACGUGGUUUAUUACAACUCCCACUUUGGCAGCUUCAAGGAGGCGGCAGGCGAGCCAGGAGGGUUGGCUGUGCUGGCUGCAUUUCUUCAGGUUGGGUCAGAGGAAAAUGAGCCAUAUCAACACAUCCUUGAACAUUUGAAUGAUAUCCAUGAGGAAGAGGAAGAAUCUCUUAUAGCUGGCUUUGAUGUAGCCAAGUUGCUUCCUGACAGCCUCGACCGCUACUUCCGCUAUAACGGCUCACUGACCACUCCACCUUGCUACCAGACGGUGAACUGGACGGUCUUUAACCAGACCAUUUGGCUGUCACAAGAGCAGAUCUCAGUGCUGGAGGACACCCUUUGGGGAGAUGAUGACAAGGCCAUUCAGAGCAACUUCCGCUUGCCACAAAGUCUGCAUGGCCGAGAAGUCCUGGCAAGCUUCCCAAUGCUGCGCAGCCCAGAAGAAGCUCAGCCACCUGGUAAGGGAGCCAGCCCCUGGGCUCAGCUUCAGAAGUCUUUCCUCCUCAACAGCCUGGACAUUCUCAGUAUGAGUGAUAUUGACGGAGGGCAUCCCUCUACCCCAGAUGCUGCUGCAGGGAGAGACCCUGACCCGACCUCUGAAGAAGGUGCCAACAUGCAGGUGGGGUCCUCCCUUCACACAGGGGAUGUGCUGGCUGCUCUAUUUGCGGCUCUGUUUGGCAUCACUGUUCUCAUGUUCCUCCUCUAUGUCUGGAAGCACCGGAGCCAGAACCACAGGCUGGAUGCUCCAUCAACCAAGCCCAGCAUCAUCUACACACCGGCCAGCACCGAGGAGAACACAGUCUAG